AUGGCAACAGAUACUGCUUCCCCACCAGCUGAAGUUGUCUCCAUCGCCUCCCCAAUAAACCUCAUCCUCGUUUCCCUAUUCGUUCUCCUGGUAUACUUCCACUUCCGCCCCCGGCAACCACUCACCCUCCCCAAAGGACGUCCCCCCAUUGUCUUCCGCGUUUUCACCCCAACCACUCUUCUCCCAUACAAUGGCAAAGAUGGCAGCCCCGUCUACCUAGCUGUGCGCGGGAGGGUGUUCGAUGUCUCCUCUAGUCGCAAUUUCUAUGGUCCAGGAGGUCCGUAUGAGAAUUUCGCCGGCAGAGAUGCAACUCGCGGAUUGGCAUGUCAGAGCUUUGACGAGGAUAUGCUAACGAAGGACCUCAAGGGACCGCUGGAUGAUCUAAGCGGGUUGGAUGCGGAGCAGAUGGAGAAUUUGCACAGCUGGGAGGUGCGGUUUCUGGAGAAAUAUCUUGUCGUUGGCAAGUUGGUUGCCGAAGGGGAUCCCGAAGCACCCAAGUCCGGUUGA